AUGCGUUCAAUGGCGAUGCGAUUGAAGCGUGGCGCACCAAUCUCCUCUCGAGUACAGUCAGCGUUAGAUGCCGCCGUGCGGGCACCAAAAUUACGACGUGUAGCGAGUGAUGGCACAAGGACCAGGGAGAUCCAGGCAGUCCAGCCAGAACCAAUGACACAGCCGGUGAUGGCAGUGUCAGCUCAGAUACAGCAACAGAUUCAACCGGAUCAACCUCCGUCGACGUCUCAGCUUGUGGCUGCAGCAGCCGCUGCGGCUGGUGCUGAUCCAACUAUCCCUGCUUCCCCUGCUGCUGCUCAGUGUGCCCACUGUGGCUCAAGAGGAGCUUGUCCUGCUUGUGUGCCAUGCUACUGCGCCUACUGUCCACAUUCGGCAAGUGCAGCUGCUGCAGCAGCCGCUGGAGCUGCACAAAGUCAAAUGAAUUCUGCUGCUGCUUCGACACACCCUGCUGCCCAGCAGAUGACAGUUCCUGCGCCUCCCCAGUUUGCCCACAUCACUCCGCCGACAGUUUCCCAGAUGGCAUCAGCUGGGCUCCGCUACGUUCACGACGCAAUUUUUGCCAGCCACAUGCUCGAGUCAAUGCAGCGUCAUCAACAGCAGCAACAGCAACGGCAACAAGAACAACUCAGCCAGUUUGGACGUCUUCUUCCCAGCUCUACUGGACUCUACGUACUACCGCGAACCGGAGGCUAUCCGGCGGCGUCGAAUGGACGUUUGGAACUGCAUAUGCUAGUGAAUACUGGUAUGCCACCAGAAUUACUUGGAAUGGUCGAAAGGCCUUUGGAUCGACACCAUAUGUUCGCAGCACCUGUUGCGGAACCGCUACCAGUUGGUGCCAGCCCUCAGGAUAUAGAAAAAUGUACUGAAAAGAUCAGCUUUAUCAAAGAUGUGGAGGUA